AUUUUUUUCAGUUUACUGUUCUUGUGUGUGUACUAUUUCAAUGUGAAAAAGAGACGAUUGUGUAGUUCUGAUUUGCAUUUUUUCUACUGUGACAUUAUUAUUGGUAUCUAUGUAAAGUUUAAAAUAGUAAAUUACAGUACCUUAGCUUUAUACAGAUUAUGUGUUUAAAUUUUGAAUUUUUUGAUGAAUUGAAAGUUUGACAGCGAUGUCAGGGGGACAACUAGUGGUGUUGGACCGGGCCGGGCGCGAUGUGAAGCGGUUCCCUCUGUUGGAGGGGCUGGCUACGCUGGGCAGCGACCCUGCUUGCGACAUCCGCAUCAUGCUGCCCACUGUCAGCCCGCACCAUGCUACUGUAGUGGUCCAUGCUAACCAGACGGUGAUCCGCAACGUGUGCGGCGAGCCCACGCUGGUCAACGACGAGCCCGUGUCCGUCGCCGCGCUGCGACACCGCGACCGCAUCGCCAUCGGCGGCCGCACGCUGCGCUGGGACUACGCCCAGCCCGCGCGGAGGCCUCCGCUACCUGCGCUGGCGACGUGGAAACGACGCAGCCGCGGCGGGCGAGUGGGGGCCCGCGGGGCCCGGGGCGGGGCCCGGCCGCGCGGCCCGCGCCGUGCCUCGGGGCCCGGGCCCGCGCCCGCCAGGGACCCGGCACUGCGCCUCGCCAUCGAGAUGUCGCACAGAGCCUCUAUGCCCGGUAACGCUGGCGGUAAACAAGUAGCUAUAGUGCAGCCUCAGAGACGAGAUACGAGUGAUCAAAUUGACAACAACCCGUCGCGGUCGCCGCUGCCAAGUAACAAGCGUCCCAGAUCUUCUAAAAGUGAUACAGACACAUCACUCAACGAUGCAGAGGCCGACAAGACUGUACGCAAGUCUAGUGCACGAGCCAGUCUCAAAAGUCCAGUGUCCAAUUUGCAGAAUACUACAAAGGCAACGCUGUGGAUCGAAUCCCGCAAGCCUAGCGCCAGGAAGACUACUCCUAAGCAGGCCAGUCCUAGGCAGACUACACCUAGGCAGGCAGUACUCAGGCAGUCGACCCUUAGACAAGCUACUCCCAGACAGGCGACCCCCAGACAGGCAUCUCCUAGGCAAGUGACCUCCAGACAGGCAACACCUAGGCAGACGACCCCCAAACAAGUGACCCCCAGAAAAGCGGGCAAGGCGGCGAGCACUGGCAAGAAGAGUACUCCACUGCGCCUCACCGUCCUGCGCCGGGCUCAGAGCGCCCACAAGCACUCCGUGGACAAAAUCGAAGCGCCGCGUGUCGUGGACGCGACGAAGCAGGCCGCGCUGCGCCUCAUGACGCGCCAGGCCGCGCGGCCCCCGCUGUCCCCGCUGUCCCCGCUGUCCCCGCUGUCGCCCGCCGCGCCGCGCUCCCCGGCUACCAUUAUAGAAUUAACAGAUUCAGAAGGAAGAAAUUCAUCACUGCGGGCAAGUAACGUAUCCCGGCGAUCGGGAAAGAGUCCCAAGAAGUCGCCUGCCGCCGUCAGCCCGAGGAAAUCCGCACUUAAAGAUCCUUCAGCGAAACGAGGAACACGAAAAACCGAAUCGAUAAAGUUCGACCUGAGUAACUUGGAGAACCAUUCUGAGGACACGCAGGACGUCAUGAUGGUCAGCGACCUCAGCUCCCAGUCAGCUCACAGCGCCUCCUCCUCCCUCGCACUGCACUACUCCCCCACAUCCCCCGCGUCCCCCCUGUCCCCCGCCGCCCGGCCCGCAUCGCGCGGGGCCCGCCUGGUGCAGCGCGCCCUUCAGCCCCACAGCCCGCGCUCGCCGCGCCCCGGCCUCGAGUCCUACUCCAUCGUUGACUUAGUCUCCAUUGAUUCUAACGAGUCUGCCCGAACCUCUUCAGUGUAUGGCUCCCCGGCAUCUACAGACGUGACGACUUUUGAGACUCCACAAAAUAGUACCGGGAGGAGAACGAGAUCGACUAUAGACCCGACGCUGCUCGGCUCCAGCACCCCUUACGUGAAAGGCAGGCCGUCCACCGCCAAGUCUCGCUCGAUAGUGAGUGUCGAUAUAUCGAGCCGACCUUCCAUGACUACACAGUCGACCCUCAGGAGUUCAAGAUCAAGACGAUCCAAGUCGUUGUCGACCCCGGAGAACUCGGAGGAGGCCAAGAAACACAUCUCCGUGAACAGCACGCGCAUAUCUCGCGCCGCGCGCAGCCGGUCCCGCCUGCACGACCCCGCCAGCCCCGCCAGCCGCGCCAGCCCCGCCAGCCGCGCCAGUACCCUCCGUGCAGACAGUACAGUGUCCCCGCGCACGUCGCGCGCCUCGCGCUCCGUCCGCAGCCCCGCGCUCGACGGAGGACUGUCCACUCCGGAGAAUAUAUUGAACAACAGGAUGAAAGUGAAAUAGUGACGCCGAAGAGUGCCGUCAAGUUAGUACAAGAAGCCGUAAAGAACAAGCACUCGACAGCCAAAAAGCCACAGUCUAAGCGUUCGAUAAUAGACGAUUUGAACGAGUCCGAUAUUGUGAAGCAACUGUUCAACAGUCCCGUGAAACGCAAGCUAUCGCAGAGCAUGACGGAGUUCUCCAGGAAACAGUUGUUUGAGGAGGACGAGUCGUCCCAGGCCCGGCGGCCCGCGCGGAACACCGUGGCGCUCACUGGGCGCACGCCCGACCACUCUCUGCUUGACCACACCGACUCCUACACGCCAGAAAUAUUCGUCAGCCCCAUUAGCACUCCCACUCGAAGUCCUAGUUUAGAGGGCAUCAAACUUAUGUUCGCCAAAACUACUCCCGAAAACGAUUUACGAAAUGUGAAAGGAGUGAAAGCUCUACUGCGCACACCGCGCACCAGGAGAUCUAUCAAGAAUGACCUGAGAAAUGUAUCGGGUGUUAAGAAUGUAUUUGCCAAGAGUCCUAAAAACCGACUUAGUGAUGUCAGAGUCAAAGAAAUAUUUGCAUCUUCGCCUAAAAACGAUUUGCGUCGCGUGACCGGAGUGAAAUCCCUGUUCCAAACCGCUGAGAAAAGAAGGUCGCCUAGAAACGAGUUAGACGAUGUGGUAGGCGUGAAACGGUUAUUUAAAAAGACUAGUCCGGCGAAUGACCUCCGGAACGUGUCUGGAGUUCGCAGAACUCUCCGUAGAAAUAGUCCGAGGAAUGAGUUCGAGAACCUGCAUGGCGUGAAGCGAAUGUUUGCGAGAGACGCUAGGGACGACUUGAACGACUCAUUGCACGCUUCCCUGGAGCAAGUACCCAGUACUGACGACUGGCUACAACAAGAGCUCAAUAAACGACACCAAGUAAACACCUAUCUCCAGUCUCUAAACAACUCCGCUAAUAAAUCUAAGACAAGAAAAUCAAAGUCGACGAUACACACGUCUUUAGACCAAGUCACAAAUGUCGAUGUGUUGCUAGAUCAAGAGUUAAACAAGGAGCAACAGAUCAAUAAUUAUUUGGAAUCCAUUAGAUCAGCUGAUAACUCUCAGGUCAACAAAUCUAAAAGGAAUCAGUCCGCAGCCUCCGACAAGGCUCAUGCGGCGACGACGAACAUGACCCGAGAACUGCAGAAGUUGGUGACAGAAACGGUCGAGGGCCUCACGCCGACCUGCCCGGCGCGGACCAGGAACAGCAGCCUCGCGGCCGGAGACAGCUCGCGGCGCAAGAAGUCGGCGUCGCAGCUCUACAGCGCGCACAAACUGCCCCUCAAGAAGAGGUCGCUGGCGGACGCGGCCGCGCUGGCCCUGCCGCUCAAGAAGCGCGGCGUGCAGCACUCCACGCCGCUGAAGGGCCGCGCGCCCACCGCGCCGCGCGCGCCCCACUCCCCCAUCGCGCCCGCCGCGCCCGCCGCGCCCGCCUCGCCACGCAGGUCUACUAAGUCAAAAGAAACUGUAGAAGUGUCAUCAAAUAACGCAAAAGAAACAAAAGCUCAACGCGAUACUGAAAUAGUCAGAGAAAAUGUUAAACCAUCACCGAGGAAGACUCGUGGCAGAGGGAAAGUAGCGUCUUCUAAAGCUAAACCUAAGGCAAGUCCCGCUAGAAAGAAAGCAGCCACUACAGUUGACAAACCUCGUCCUGGUUCGGCCAAAGAAGAAAAUUCACCUACAGUUAGUCCUAUAAGAAAAACUAGACAAACUAGAGCUAAACAAGCUAGUCCAGUCAAAACAUUACUCUCUCCUGAGCCAACGGCACGUUCGCGUAAAAAAGAUGUUUCGACCAAAGAGACUAAUACAAAGCCGCGUGCUCCGAGGUUAACUGUUGCAAAGAAAUCAUUAGUUAAAAGCCCACCGGCGAGUCAGAGGGCGUCGAGAAAACGAAAAGAACCAGAAACUUCUUCAACACCUAAGCCUAGUCCUAAGAAAACGCGAGCUGCACGCAACAACGCUUCUAUUAAAGAUGUUAAGCCGAAGACACCAAAGAGUACAAGGGCUAAAGUUCAAAAGGCAUCUGUUGUAGUUAGCAAACCAUCGCCAUCUUUGAAACCACGACCAGUACUUAGUGAGCAAGAUACUACAAGGAGGUCGCGGAGAACUGGGACAGUCCAGCCUCCACUAGAAUCUCAUAAGAAAUCUCAAGCAUCUAGUAAAACGCGAGUUGAAACAACACCAAAUAAACCCACACGAAGAAAUACUACGAACAAAACAAAAGACAAGAAUGUGGUUGACAAACCUGACGUUAAAAGUAAGACCAGUGAACCGACGCCUCGGAAGACUAGAAAUAACAAACAAGAAAAGUCUAACGAACAACCUAAAACUGUGAGAGGUCGUGGCAAGAAAGUGUUGUCGCAAGAGAGCGGACAAUCGGAAACUAAAAGCCGAGGGCGACGGACUACUAAACCCGAGCCCGAGCCAGUCGUACAGGAAGUUAAAACUCGCAAACGAAAGACAACACCACCAGACAAUGACAUUCCGCCUAAAGCGAAUCAGGAGAACAUUCCAGAUAAUCAGAUAACUGGAAAACGUAAGACCGACAGCCGCGGAGUCUUUGCCUUCAGAAAGCAAACCUGCAGGCCGCAGCCGUCGGAGAUAGCGCGCGACGCGACGGAGCAGUCACUCAAGUACAAAUAGUUAACAUAGAAACGGUGCAUGGAGGCACUGUACGAUAUAUUUUAUGAAAAUGUUUUAUGAAGAGUUUGGAACUUAAAAUAUUUUUGUGACACAUUAUCAUUGUGUUCUAGUUAAUUUCAUCAGCUGCGUGGCACUAUGUUAAUUCUAAAUAUCAAGUGAAGUACAUGUACGGAUGUCGUGCUAACUGUACUGUGCACGUUAUAGCGUGCAAUAUUGUCUAUAACAUUGCCUCAAACAUAAUAUGUAUGUAAUAUUUGUAAUCUGGUUAUUUAUGUGUAUUCAAGUUGCUGUGAACAUUUUGGAUAGAUCGACAAUACAAAUUAUAAAUAUUUUUAUUAAUUUACAUACCUAGAUACUACUAAGAAUCAACAUUUAAUGCUGAUAGUGAUCAUGAAUAAGCCAAUCUAAAUCCGUUGCGAUGAUCUAGCGACCGAACGAUGUAGGUUUGUAGAGAUAUUGAAAUUAAGUUUGCUGUAGUCUAAAUGGUACUACGUUGGAGUGUUUAUGGAAUUGAUUAGGGGCCCUUUUCCUGAUUCGCACACUUCGGCGGCUCGUUGCAGAGACGUGAACGUCAUCGAAAGAAAAAGUCGACCCCCAGCUUGCACAAACUUCGUGCGGAUGAAACAUUUAUACGUGCGGUGAUUAUGAGUGAUAGUCUUAGAUUAUGUUGUGAUAGUCUGGUAAAUAUCUGCGGCACACAGCCACCAAUUUGUACGACAGGAAAGAGCUCUACUAUUAGUUAGUACAUAAUAUUGUUGUAGUGCUGAUCCCGUGGUAUUCCAUGUUCAGUACAAGUUUAAAUAAGCACAAAUGCCUCCAACGAAUCAUGUCUACGAUUGAUUUCUUUUUAUCAAAUAUUUGAAAACUUUGUAUGAGGUUUGUUGUGUGGAAAUAUUAAUUAUAAUAUAGUUUCUUAAUGUAUGUGUUGUGUUCAUUUAUCACAGGAUGAUACUUUGAAUAAAACUUACAAUGUUCAUGUUCAGAUGUCUCUUGUGCUAAAUGAAUACAAUUUAGGAUUUUAGCUUUAUUGAUUUAUUUUAUAUUUCUCUUAAUUGGCUAAGAUUUUAUUUUUAUCUUAUUUCGACUAUACGUUGGCUAGGUGGGGAGUGGGUCUUGAUGAGUAAGAUAAAAAAAUGUUUUGGGUACAUAUAAGAUAUAUUUAUUAUAACAAUUUAUACAAUUCAAGCAUUCCUAGGUUAUCUAAAAUUUACAGAAAUAUACACCUUUACAAAUGUCGACAAAUUGGUUACCCGUCAACGAGUUAAGAGAGUAAUUACUUUACGGUAUUUUGUCACGUUUAAUAACAUAUACAAUAACACAUAUUGUAACACCCAGUUCCCACUUAGCUACAUUAUUCUUUACUUUCGAAGCACUAAAAAGAUUUGAAGACUUACAAUUCACUAAAACAUGGUAAUGAUGUAACAAAGUAAUAUACCGGGAGCAAAGUAAUUUAUAUUGUAAACGAUAUUAUUAUAUAAUUUAAUAUUGCACUCGGAACUUUCGAGAAUAGGAAUCGAUAUUUUAUUUAAAUAUUGUUACAUCGAAUAAUAAAUAAAUAAAGGAAUGAAUUACGAGGAGUCUGUUUUAUUGGGCGCCUUGAACUUGACGGGGUUGGAGACGCGGAAUAUGUUGGGCGUGAGCGCGGCGAGCGGAGCGAACAGGGCGGGCGCCACGUUGGCGGGCAGCGCCGCCGUCAGCGUGCGCAGCUCGGCGCCGCCCCAGCCCGCCGCCUCCAGCAUGAACCCCUUCACGCACUUCAGCACCAGCUCCGCGCGCCGCACGCACCAUGCCGCCGUCAUCUCCUGC